AUGCUUGAGGAACAAACAAGAGAGAUUAGAAGAAGAAGAAUAAUUACUUAAGAUUAAAUGAUAAAUAAUAAAAACACAGAUAAAUAAAGAAGAUCUAAUCGUUUUGAAAAUCAGAAAAAUAGAGAUGGAUCUCCUGCUUAAUCUAAUUCUAGUGGUUCUUAAAAUAAAACUAAAUUCUCAACUUAUCGCAAAGCUACUAAUAAAUCUCCAAAUUCUAUAGAAAGAUAUUUAAUGUCAUAAGAAUGUAAUAUACCAACAGAUCAUAGUUAAUAAGACAAUAAUACAAAACAUAAAAUAAGAGAUCAAAGUUUUAAGAUAGGAUAGAUUUAUUUCAAAUAAGAAAAUUAGGACUUGUAAUUUCAAGAAGUCAUUGAAAAAUUACAUAAUACAAGUGAUAUUAAAAUAGAAUCUCCUCAUUUUUAAAAUUCAAAGAAGAAUUUAGAAAAUAAAUAAAGUUUAGAUUAAAUUCAGUCAAUUAAAGAUCCUAGUGCUUCUAUGAAGACACCUACAACAACUGCUUUAGAAGUCUCACAUAAUCAAACUAUGUCUAAUCCAUUAUUAAAUUAACAUCCUUCAAUCUCCAGAGAUAGUUCUCCUACAAAAAUCUCACAUCCUAUAACUUAAGUUAGUAUUGGACCUAUUUCGAAUAAGCAGUCCUUAUCUGUAAUUACAGAUUAAUAAUAAUUAAAGAAUAGAUCACGCACUGCUGAUCUGUUUGAUGAUUAAAAAAGUGUUACCAUUAGAAGUGUAUUAAAAAAAAAAUAAAAAAAUAAUGAUUCAUUCAGAACUUAAUAAUAAGAAUCCAGAAAAGUUAGAUUCGAUUUACCUAAUUCACAUUAUAUAAGAGAAAGAUAACGAUAAUAGCCUAGACUUUAUUAAUGA